AUGAGAAAGUACAGAAUCAAGGUUUUAGGCCUCAGUGAAACACGAUGGAAUGGAAGUGGUCUAAGCAAUCUGACAACUGGAGAGAGCAUUAUAUAUUCUGGACAUGAAGAUCUAGACCACGAUCACACUCACGGACUAGCACUUCUACUGUCAAGAGAGGCAUCAAAGGCUUUGUUGGGAUGGGAGCCAGUUUCCUCAAGACUAAUGUCAGCCAGGUUUAAUGCAAAAGGAAGGAAAACAACCAUCAUCCAGUGCUAUGCACCAACAAAUGCAGCACCAGAAGAAGAGAAAGAAGAAUUUUAUAAUGCUCUACAAUCACUACUAGAGAAAACACCUAAAAAUGAUAACAAGCUUAUUAUGGGUGACAUGAAUGCAAAAGUAGGUACAAACAAUGCUGGAAAGGAGCUCUACAUGGGUAAACAUGGCACAUGCAAUGAAAAGGGGGACUUAUUUGCUGAUUUCUGCGCAUUCAACGAUCUUAUCAUAGGAGUAACCAUCUUUCCACACAAAACUAUACACAAGAAAACAUGGACUUCCCCAGAUGGUAAAACGGAAAACCAAAUUGACCAUUUUGCAAUAUCUCGGAAAUGGAGGAGAAGUCUCCUUGAUGUUAGGGUGAGACGAGGAGCAGAUGUAGCUUCUGAUCAUCAUCUGCUAAUAGCAACAGCGAGGAUCAAACUUAAAUCCUUUAAGGAUUUUUCAGACAGACCACACUACAAAAUCAACACUCAGUACUUAAAGAGUGAAGAAAAAAAGGUACUCUUUAAUUGUGAGGUUAAAAAUAAAUUUGAAGUACUUGCUGGACUAGUAACAGAUGAAACCCUUGAGCAACACUGCCUCACUCUCCAAGAGAUAUGGAAAAGCACAUGUACAGACGUCCUAGGCAGGAAAACGAAACAACACAAGCAAUGGUUGUCUGCAGAGACAUGGGCCAAAAUCCAGGAACGGAAAGAGCUAAAAGAAAAGAUAAACCAAUGCCAGAAUGAAGAACAAAAAGCUUAUCUUAGAACCCAGUAUGGUGCAGUAAACAAGUCUGUAAGAAAGAAUGCAAGAGAUGACAAAAAACGCUUCCUUCAUGAAAUGACAGUCGAUGCAGAAAAGGCAGCAGAACAAAGAGACAUGAAAAGGUUGUACGACAUAACAAGAACCUUAGCAGGAAGAAAUACCAAAACCAACAAGCCAGUGAAAGACAAACAAGGAAAAAUCAUCACCAGUGAUGUUGGACAGAAGGAUAGAUGGGCCGAACACUUUCAGGAAAUUUUGAACCAACAUCCUCCUGAAUCGAUUCCGGACAUUCCCCCAACAACAGAAGAAAUAGAUGUUAACACAGGACCUCCUACUAAAGGGGAGAUCAUCAAGGCCAACAAGAAUGCAAAAAAGGGAAAGGAGCGAGGCCCAGAUGGUAUACCAGUAGAGGCUUUAAAAGCAGACCCCAAAAUAUCAGCUGAAAUGCUGCAUCCACUGCUAUGCAAAAUUUGGGAGCAAGAAAAGGUCCCUGAAAUCUGGAAACUGGGCUACCUAAUUAAAUUACCCAAAAAGGUGACCUCACUCAAUGCAACAACUGGCGAGGAAUCAUGUUACUGUCAACCCUCAGCAAGGUCUUAA